ACCAAGCGCGGUAUCGACUAAACCAGUUUGCAGAUUUAAAAAAGACACUUUCAGAUACUGCAACCAAGACGAUAGACCGUCUUGGAUUUGGUUCAUUUCUUGGCAUCAAUAUGGAAAUGCUUCCUGAUAAACAGUUUGCCAUAUGGACGGCUUCUUUGUGCAAGCCCGCAAAGGUCCAGAAUAAAGAUGUUGUUGUGCUUGAUCUUGACCCCAAGCAUCCUCUGGUGAUAUCACAAGAAGCUUUGCAUAUUUUAACUGGCCUUCCAAUGGGUCAGGAAGAUGUACCUGAGAAUCUUCCUGCAUCAACUACUACAGUGAAGGAGGCUCUUUCUGCUGCUUCUGGGAAGAGCAAUAAUUUUGUUUUAGCUGAUGCUAUAAAAGCAUCUGAAAAUGCUAGGGACAAUAAUGACCACAUGCUGCAAGUGAAGCUUUUCAUAGGGGUUGUAUUCAACUUUGCCAUCUUUACAACCACUUCAUUAUAUUUUACAGCCGAAAGCAUGACAGCUGUCUCUGAGAUAAAUAAGCUAGUGAAGACUAAUUGGUGUGAAAAGUUAAUUGCUCAUAUGAACAAAUGUUUGAAAACCUUCCAUUCAGGUCAGAAGGUUUCCAGCCCGGUGUCCUUUGUUCUUUUUUUCUUAGAAAACAUAAACUUUACUGCAACAACUGAAGAAAAUGACAUAGAGACCCCGCGGUUGAAUCACUAUACGGAGGAAAAGGUGAUUAGUAUGAUUGAUGCAAUUAAGAAAGGUGUCAAGCUUAAAGAUUGGAAAGACACGGUGUUUGGCCAGCAGGAAAUUCUAGAAGUUCAAGCUAACGACAUUGAAUAUAUUGAAAAUUACAAGCAAUCUGUAAAGAAGAGGAGAGGGAAUGAGGAUCAGGAUCAGGGUCCUUGGAAGAAGAUCUCUAAGGGUCAUUUGAAGAAGACGACCUCUAAGGAUCAGGGUCUUUUGAAGAAGGGGAUCGCUACUAAGAAGAGGAAAGUGGAGGAUCAGGGUCCUUUGAAGAAGACGAUCAGAUCGAAUAAGGAGUCCAAUGAUGAGAUAAACAUUCGUGCUGAUGUAGGCAGGGAUGUUCUUCGUCAAUACAAGGAGCAUGUUCUCGACAGAACUCAAGACAAAAUAAAAAUUAAUAUAUUGGACCAUGAAGUUUCAGAACGUAAUUAUGUAGAAUGUUUCAAGCAGCAAGGAUACAUGAACACUUCCAUAAUGUUCAUACAAUGUGCAUUAUGGAAUCAAGAGUGGAAGGGUCAAGCCAUGGACAAAGUUAUAUUGUCUCAAAAGGCAAUGUAUGAAUUGUUAGACCCAGAGCAUGGAACAAGUACAUUAGCUGAUGAGCUUGGACAGCAAGCUAAUUUGAUAUUUAUACCUGUUCUUCAUGAGGAACACUGGUUCUUGAUCGUGAUCUCACGCAAGAAGGACACCAUUUAUAUCCUCGAUUCAUUGCCUUGCAAGUCCAGAGAGGCAGUGAUUUGUGGUAUUCUAGAGACACUGCAGAAGUUGGGAAAAGAAUCAAUUGCUGGAUCUCAAUACAUCUGUGAAGUACUAGACGUGCAGCGUCAAGGAAACAACUAUGAUUGCGGUUUUCAUGUUCUACUGUAUAUCAAAGAAUUCGAUGAUACACAGGCAGUGCAGAUAUGUGAAAUUAACAAGGAUAUGGUGGAAAAAAUCCGCAUUGAAACUGCCGUAGACCUUGUCAACCACAAGCUUAACAAAAGAGAUGAGGAAGAAAAAAUCUCAUAUGAUGAUGAUGAUGAUGUUGAGCUCGUGGAUGAAAAAUUCUCAUAUAGCAAUUUUGUUCUCAGUAGUUUUCUUCACAGGGAUCGGGAUGAUGCGGGUUUGGAUGAUGCGGGUUUCGAUGGUGGAGAAAUUUUUGGUGGAUCCUCGAGUCCGGUUGUUGAUCCCAGUGAAAAUCAACAAGAGAGGGCUGCCUCUAGAGAAGAUUCCAAGGCUGACAUGAAUGAAAAUCAACAAGAGAGGGCUGCCUCGAGUCCGGGGGCUGCCUCUAGAGAAAAUUCCCAGGCUGGGGCUUCGGCUGUUUAUUCCACACCCAAACUGGAUGGCUCUGGGAAUUCGGGUGUUGAUCCCCUGCAGAAAAACACUGAUAAUCAAAACAAGAGGCCUGCCUCUGGAGAAGCUCCCAAGGCUGACAUGAAGAGGACUGCCAAGCCUGAUAAACUUUAUUGUAGGAGGCAACCAAAGGAGAAAGCGGAGGAGGAGCCAGUUUCCUCAGCAGUGCAGGAGGAACCAAAGGAGAAACCGGAGGAGUUAGUUUCCUCAGCAGUGCAACCAUCUUCUACCCAGAGGCCACGGAGAACUGCUGACCCUUUUGGCCAUUAUAAACCAACCCGCCAGUUGCUUAAGGGCGAAAUACUUGAACUGGUUCAUCAGCUGGCCAUUGGUUGUAAGGAGCAGGUUAUAUUGGAGUUUGAAGAGAUCUCGAUGACUGGUUCUCGAUUAGAACAGUCCCUCCAAGGAGGUGCGGAUGCCAGGGAUCUUAUUAUAUUAUUAAUGAAAGUCCUGGAUAAAUAUCCGUACAACCAACGUAAAAGAAUCUUUCUCUCACCAGUAGAGAAGGAUGGCCAAGAUUUGGAGAAAAUGAUUGUGGAUGCACUCCCGGUUCUGAGAUCAGGUAGCAGGACCACCACGUUAAAGGAAACAACUAUUUACUGCCCUGUUCUCUUCCAAGGAGAAUGGAUUGUUGCAUGUUGUGUGUUUUCAAGCUCAAACCAGGUCCAUGUUUUUUGCCACAAAGAUACCUUGGCCAGCGUGAAACCAUUUUGUAUUGAUCUGGGAGCCAAAGCAAACUCAGCUUUAAAAAGAUGCGGAUACAACCAAGUAAAAUUUCCUGACCGCAAAGUGGCAUAUACUGGUACCAACAUAAAGGUCAAUGAUAGUGCGUUUGCAUCAAUGUAUUUCAUCGAGAAUUUCGGGACUUCUGGAGAAAUACAUUUCAACCGGUUUUUAGAGAAGAAUGAUGAGGUGAAGGAUGAAUUCAUUAAAGAUGUGAAGUUAGGGCUUUUGCCGUACUUAUUGAACCACAAGAAUAAUACUGGAACUGUCCCUAAUGAAAUUUCUGAAUUGAUCAAGAAAAACAAAAGGACCUAAAAAAAGGUGAUGAGGCAGCCUGAAGAAGAAGGAUUGCUUGGCUGGCUGCUGGGUUGUUUGUGAACUGCUAUGUCGGUUUGGAAAACUGAUUGUUUGGCUAGCAUGUUGCUGUGGUGAACCUGUUUGUGACCUUUUUUUUUAAUGGUUUCCUGCUCUCUCUCUCUCUCUCUCA